AUGCAGAUGAGUAUCUAUGGUGCCUUACCUGGUCCUUUAGAUGUUAUGUAUAAUGCUACUCUGGUCAAGCAUUAUGGGAUCUAUGCAGAUGAGAAAGGACUUUCGGCCGUGUCGUCUGUGAUGAGUAUUCUAACUAAGAUUGGAUUAGUUUUCUCACUUGUCUGUAUAACUCCUUUACUAGACUCCAAAGGGCGGAAAUUCGUUUCAAUCCAUCUUCGAACGGUUCUCGGAGUCACGGUUGCCGUUUGUCAAAUAUGUGCUUCACAACUUGAUUCAGCAGAGUUCUAUUUCAUAGCUCAAUUCGUCGUAGGAAUGGCUGCGGCCAUUCAAAUAAACAUGAACCAGCUAUACUUGACCGAAUGCGCACCAGACAGUCACCGAGGGUUCGUAUCUUCCGCACUCCUCUUAUCAACUCUAAGUUCAUCUGUUGUUUCCUUCUUCUUGUGCAAUCCGAACGUAUUGGGGACUGUUGAACGUUGGUAUAUUGUCUCGAUUUUCACAUUGGUUUUAUGUCUUGCUCUUUACUUUUGUACCUGUCGUUUCCCAGACUCUCCCAAAUGGCUUGUUAGCCAAGGAAGGUUAGCUGAUGCUCGGCAAUCCAUUCUUUAUUUCCACGGUAAAGAUGUAGAUGUAGACUACGUUCUGAAAUCUAUUACAAGCGAAUGUGAGCUGAAAUCUUCGCAUACAAUGAAGAUUCGAGAAGUUCUGAAAGAUGUUUCACUGAGAGCGGCCAUGGUCCUGAUAAUAGCUACUCAAUUACAACAUCUUUUAUCAGUUUCUGGCGUUGAAAUGCAGUUUUCUGUUUUGGUCAACACUCAUCUGGGAUUAACAGCUGCACAAUCACUCAACCUGAGCUUGUUAUCACGGUUCAUCAUUGCUCCAGUUCGUCUAAUAGGAACGACGUGCUUGGAUAAGAUUGGCAGAAGACCCACUUUUUUCAUUCUAGCUAUUCUAAGUUUGACGAAAGUUGGUCUGAUGACUUUCGCCCAUCUGCUGUUGGUUACGUCUGGGCCAUCUGUUAUCACCAUUUCCAUAGUCUAUAUUAACGAAUUCCUCUCCGAGUUAGUAAACGCUACUGGAUUUGCCGUCAUAAACGUCCUUCUUGUGUCUGAACUCAUUCCACCGAUGGCUAGAGUGUCAGUUAUGCAGUUCACCUUGGGAUUAGCCUUUCUCUUGUCAAUUCCUCAGAAUUGCUUUCCUUUCAUCUAUGCAACAUGGCCUCCUUUAUACUUCCUCAUGCUCAUGGUUCUUCAACCACUGCUGAUUUUUUACAUUUUCAACAAUCUUCCGGAAACAAAAGAUCGUUCAGUGUGUGACAUUGUGAACGAAUUCGAACAGGAGAUACGAACAAGAGGGUCUACCUUCCUGGAAUCUACUCAUCUUCUGCCGAAGAGUCGAGCAGGAUCGUUCUACGAUCAUUAG